ACAAAACACCACUGUGAAGUGGCUGUCUGGGAGGAGGCCUUCUACACUAUUUGGCUGUGUGUUCUGGACUCAAGCAGCAUGGGGGACUUCCAGCAAUUUCACCAGGACUUCUACCAGACGGGAUAUUGCAUAGAUGACCAGGGUCACACUGUGGACUACAGCUAUGAUGCCUAUGAUUCCACAAGCUCUGCUUAUUACAAUGGGAGCCAGGCUUCAAUGCCAGGUGUUUUGGAUCCUUCUAUGGAGCAGCAAUACACUGGACAGUUCUACCAACCUACAACACCAACUGGGACUGUGGGAGACACAGGAACAUAUUCUCCAGAAGAAGAGCCUCCUCUUCUUCAGGAACUUGGCAUCAAUUUUGAUCACAUCUGGCAGAAGACACUGACAGUGUUGAACCCUUUUAAGCCUGCAGAUGGCAGCAUUAUGAAUGAGACUGAUUUGACGGGUCCUAUCCUGUUCUGCAUCGCACUGGGGGUUACUUUAAUGAUGGCAGGUAAAGUCCAUUUUGGCUACGUGUAUGGGAUCAGUGCUACAGCCUGUGUUGGGAUGUACAUCCUGCUGAGCCUGAUGAGUUCUUUGUCAGUGUCAUAUGGCUGUGUGGCCAGUGUCCUUGGCUACUGCCUUCUGCCCAUGGUGGCUCUCUCUACAUUUGCUGUCUUCUACUCUUUGCAAGGUGUCCUGGGUACAGUCCUUGCCUUAUUGGUGAUUUGCUGGUGUAGUCUCUCGGCCUCCAAGAUCUUCAUCUCAACCCUGGCUAUGGAGGGCCAGCAGCUGUUGGUGGCCUACCCAUGUGCCCUGCUCUAUGGGCUCUUUGCACUGCUCACUGUAUUUUAAAUGUCACCAGAGGGAAAUCUUUAUUAUUCAAGAACAAUCUUUUCUUUUUAAUUAUAUUUUUAUUUGUUACUUUUGCCAACAUAGUAGUCAUGUGUAUUGUUCUGUUAAUGUAAAAGAUGCAAUGGGAAAAUAUGGGGGAUGAAUGUUCCAGACUGAUUACAUUUUGUUGAUGAUUUGUGCAAUAAGAUGAUUGAGAUGAGAUUUUGCCUAAAUGUGUAACAUUCACAGAAAUACGAAAUGGUGGGUUUAGAAUAAGAGCUUCAAUGCUUCCUGGGCUGGGCGCCCCAGCCUGGGGCUCAGGAGGUAGAGUGGGUCGAUUCCUAGGACAGUGAUUCAGUGUAGUGGUCCUGAGAUGAAGUUUGACCUUAGGCCUCAAACAAUUAUUCUGGUGGAACAAUCUGAUACACGUCUCCAGCAACAGACUAUAAUAUAUAAUAUAUAUAAUGUGUGUUCCUCACAAAAUCAUGUCUCUACCUCUCAAGUGAAUUUCAUUUUAAGAUUUGGGUUUAAAACAUAACACAGUACUGGUGGUGGAGUUACACGUGCAAUGUUAGAAGUCAGAAAUAGACUAAACAUUAUUAGCUACAUUUGGACAACAUAUUUCAUGUACAAAACUCUUACUCUCCUCUUAUUGUAGAUAUUAUUACAGAGAGCUUCACCCCCACACUAAAUCCAUAAAAUUAAUGCAAAGCGCUUGUUUCUAUAUGCUUUGCUUUUAUUCUUUCAUUUGAAUACACUUCAUUCACCCAUUCACUCAGACACUCACACACACCAAUGGCAGUAAGCUACCUCGCAGGAUGCUGGCACAACCAUCAGGAGCAGUCUGUGAGUUCUACAUGGUGAUGGGAUGAGCUUAAUUUAUAAUCAUGGCCUUUCAUUUCUUCUAGGAAAAGUGGUCACAACAUAGCUCAGGGGGAUUUGAGAUAAUACAUUACCCAUGAGUCUAGGUAAGUGUGUGACAGUGAUUUGUAAUCUUUUUUGAUUUGAAGAGUAAUUUGUUUAGUCAUAGAUAUGGUGAGGAGUUCACCCAGGCUCUACAAUUAAAAUGA